AUGUCCGACGGUAAUUGCCAAAGUGACGAUAUUAGUUCGCUUUGCGUAAAGAAAUUCAAAAAAUGCGACCAAAAUGAGAACGGCGUAAAAGAAUCACAAUUGCAAUUAAAAGACUUUGUUCCCAGUAAAAUCUUAAACAACAAUACAAAUAGAAAAAUUGUUUGUGCACUCGGAAACUUCAGAGACAAAAGUGGUGAAGCGUUGGUGAUAUUGGAAAAAAAUGCUUUCAAAGAAGAAGAAUUGAAUGAAAAGGGCUAUUUCUCUGAAGACAGCGAGCUACGCACGUUCUUCCAGAACGAUAUUUAUGGGAACUACGUGUGUUUUCCAAACUCGAGCAUAAACGGUGUUAAAACAACAAUAAUUUAUCCAGCUACAGACAAGCACAUAGCUAAAUACAGUCAACAAGAAUCGCACAUAAUACAAGAGACUCCACAGUUGUAUGAAAAGUUUACAUCAACUCAUAUUGAAAAGGAGCAAUUUAAUUUGCAGUGGGUAUACAACAUCUUAGAGGGAAAGAGUGAGCAGGACAGAGUUGUAUAUGACAACAAAUGUGAGAAGGAAGGCUUUGUUCUACUUCCCGACCUGAAGUGGGAUGGUCUGACUAAAGAGACCUUGUAUCUACUUGCUAUUGUCAGACAGAGAGGGAUAAAAUCAUUGAGGGAUUUGGAUGGCAGCCAUUUGCUGUUGUUGAAGAGAGUUCGUGACGAGGGAAAGAAAGCAAUCCUCGAUAAGUACAACGUCGCUGGCAGCCAAUUGCGAAUUUACUUGCACUACCAACCGUCUUUCUACCAUCUUCACGUACACUUCACUUAUUUGAAGCACGAAGCACCCGGGAUAUAUGCAGAGAAAUCGCAUUUACUCGACACAGUCAUUGAUAAUAUUGAAAUGAUGAGCAAUUACUACCAGAAAGCUACAUUACCCUUCACAAUCCGUGAGAUGGAUACCCUCUUCAACGUUUAUGAAACAAAUGGUUACAUUAAGAGAAUCAAACAGAAUGUAGAAUUAAUUGAUAAAUAAGUGAUAGUUAAUUUAACGUUACAUCGGCCCAAUAUAUUUCAUUUGGUCCAAUAUAGUUAAAUUGGACGU